AUGAAAGUAGAAGUCGUGUUGAAUAUAAACACGUUUGACAAUUUUACGUUGGACUUUAGAGAAUUAUCAACAUCAAUGUAUCUAACGGACACUUACGUGAACAAAAGCUUGGAGCUGAACGAGAGCAGCAGCGACUUGGUAUACACUAACCAAUUCCAGGACGAGCCGUUUGUGGUUUUUCUAAUAGUACUGAAAUGCUUGAUUAUGCUUUUCAUCAUCUUGGCAGCGAUAUUCGGCAACUUGCUCGUCAUAGUAUCGGUAAUGAGACACAGGAAGUUGAGAGUGAUCACGAAUUAUUUUGUGGUAUCACUGGCAUUUGCCGACAUGCUCGUCGCUAUAUGGGCGAUGUGUUUCAACUUCAGCGUCGAGAUCACCAACGGAAAAUGGCUCUUCGGGUACUUCAUGUGUGACGUCUGGAAUUCCUUGGACGUUUACUUUUCGACUGCAUCCAUUUUGCAUUUGUGCUGUAUCAGCGUUGACAGAUACUAUGCCAUCGUCCAACCUUUAGAUUACCCUUUGAUUAUGACGACUGGGAAACUCGGAAUAAUGCUUGCAGUCGUCUGGUGCAGUCCAGCAUUAGUGUCCUUCCUCCCAAUAUUUAUGGGCUGGUAUACGACGGAAGAUCAUAUGGACUUUAGGAAGAGAUUUCCAAAAGUGUGCAGUUUCACUGUGAACAAAGUGUAUGCAGUGAUAUCGAGUAGUGUUAGUUUCUGGAUUCCUGGUGUGAUAAUGUUGUUUAUGUACUAUAGGAUUUACGUUGAAGCUGACAGACAGGAAAGGAUGUUGUACAGAAGUAAAGUAGCAGCCUUACUGUUGGAUAAGCAUCUUCAGAUCAAUGGUAUUAUGGGCGAGGUAAUGCGAGAGAGGCAAAGUAUCCAGAUGCAGCCUAUGGCCAGCAGCAAGAUGAAGAGGGAAAGGAAAGCAGCAAGGACGCUUGGAAUCAUCAUGUCUGCAUUCUUAGCCUGUUGGCUUCCUUUCUUCUUGUGGUACAUAAUAACAGCAUUAUGUGGGUCCGCAUGUCCAUCCCCACCCCCCGUCGUGGCAGCAGUCUUCUGGGUUGGAUACUUCAAUUCCGCUCUCAACCCUCUUAUCUACGCGUAUUUCAACAGGGACUUUAGGGCUGCUUUCAGAAAAACAUUGGACUCUUGCUGCAGGUCGCUCUGUGGAAAUGUAGGCCGUAAAUGUUGCCACCGUCCGCGUCGCGAGCAUCAUCACUCCAACGCUUCAUCAGACAUUCAUAUGAACAAUUGUAUUAAGUCAACAUCGGCCGACGUCUUAAGAGCUCAUCAAGCAUCGUCUUCGAGACCCGAAGAUCUUAUGGUAGAAACAUAA